AUGUAUCCAAAUAUUGGUUCAGGCACUCCACAACCAUCAGCACCGCCACCACCAACGUCAACAUCAGCAACUCCAGCAUCGACAAGUUCUACACUAUCUAAUACAAGUUCAUCGAAACCCUUUGGAUUUUCUAGUGUAAUGGCUCAACCGAACAAUCAAAACACACCUUAUCCUACUGGAGGAAGCUCAUCACAACCUCCUUACCCGACAGGUCCAUCAUCUCAACCUCCUUAUCCAACAGCUCCUCCGUCAUCAUCACCUUAUAACAAUCCAUAUCCAUCAAGUAAUCAACCAGCAAAUCCAAACAGUUAUUCAAGCUAUUCUCUUCCAAACAUUGGACAACAACCUCCCCCACCUCAAGGUGGUGCUGGUUAUCAACAAAGUCCUUAUCCACAACAACCAGGUGGUUAUCAAGCUCCAAAUCCGUCUGCUGGAUAUUCAAGUGGUCAACAACCACCACAUCCAACAGGUAAUCAAUCUUCAUAUCGUCCACCAAAUCCUUAUCCAGCAGGCAAUUCGUAUGCUCCACAACAAGGUAACACCGGCUUUCAAAAUCCAUACCAACCAUCAGGCGGCUAUCCACCACAACAAGGUGGAUAUCCAUCACAACCACCAUAUCAAAAUCCUCGUGGUCCAACUCCUCAGCAACCACCCAAUCAAAAUCCCUACGGUCAAAAUCCAUAUGGUCAAAACCCAUACCCCUCAAAUGCUCCACAACAACAAUAUCCAAAUCCGUACGGUUCUAAUGCUCCACCGCAAUCGUAUCAAACUCCCUAUGGUGCAAAUCCUCAACAACCUCCAGGUGGCGGAUACAAUCAGAAUUCAUAUGGAUCACCAGCUGCCAAUGAUCGUAUUCGAGCAAUAGCUGGUCGAUAUGAAAUCAAUGACACUCUUGCACAACGCCUUAACAUUCUCAAUCAAUAUGAAAUUGUUGUUCUUUGUGAUGACUCUGGCUCAAUGAAUACACCAGUCGACGGAACACAGGGUAGUCGCUGGGAUGAAUUACGAUCCAUUGUACAAAUAGUUAUGGAAAUUGGUUGCGUAUUUGAUUCCAAUGGAAUUGAUGUAUAUUUUCUGAAUCGUCCUCCCAUGAAAAAUGUAACUGAUCCUCGACAAGUUGUUGAAUCAUUUAAUCAACGACCAGGCGGACUAACACCAUUAACACCAGCUUUACGACAAAUUUUUCAAUCAGCAGCAAGUAAACCGGGCAGUGAUAAACGUUUACUUGUAUUCGUUGCUACAGAUGGAGCUCCAACAGAUGCAAAUGGAAAUGUCGAUGUACAAAGUUUAGAAAAUCUAAUGCGAAACGAACGUCAAGCAAAUACAACCUAUGUUACAUUCCUUGCUUGUACAGAUGAUGAAUCAAGUGUAGCUUAUUUAUCGCAAUGGGAUCGUUCAAUGAUGAAUGUCGAUGUUGUGGAUGAUUAUAAAACUGAACGAGAAGAAAUACGUCGCAAUCGAGGACACAAUUAUCCUUUUUCAUUUGGCGAUUACGUUGCAAAAGCAUUACUUGGCGCAGUUGAUCCACAAAUGGAUCUUCUAGAUGAAUCUGGAAAUAAUAAUAAUGAUAAUUUUCGAAGAUAUUAA